ACACACUUGUGCACACACUCACGCACACACACACACACACAACUUACUUUGAACACAUUGAUUCCUUACUGAACAGUUUAUUCAAUUCGAUUCAUUUUUCUCAUUUUUCAGGCACAAACAUCUGGAAAGUUGUCAUCUGAGUGAAUGAACGAAUAUCUCUGAUUUUUCUGGUAUCCUAUACAUCUCAAAGUCUUAAGGAUGGACGAUUUCCAGAAUGAGGAAGAUAAUUUUUCAAUGAAGCAUGUGAGGAAAAUACUGAAAAACAGAUUUGUGGUAAUAAUAGGAGACUCCAUCCAAAGAGGCAUCUACAAAGAUAUGGUUCUCUUACUUCAGCAAGAUCGAUCACUGUUAAGGCAGGAACUAAGGAUGAAGGGGGAAUACUGCUUUCUUGGUGAUGAGCUCAUCGAAGGUGGUCAGAAAGGUGUCAUGACAAAUGGGAUUGGCUACAAGGAAGUGCGCCAGUACUGCACUGGGGUGUACCUGGUUCGGUUCUACUUUGUGACACGCUGUUACAACAACUAUGUGGAAAGUAUCCUGAAUGACCUCAAGGAAGGACCGCAGCCCGAUGUACUCAUCAUGAACUCCUGUCUCUGGGAUAUAACCAGGAUCAACCACUCUAGUGAAUGUGAUCACUUGUGCCUUGUAAUUGUAAGUCUGGAUGAAAUGGCCAUCGUCCAGUACAAGGAGAACCUUCAGAAGCUGUUCUCUCGCUUCUCACAGAGCCUCCCCCAGAACUGCCUGGUCAUCUGGAACACCACGCUGCCCAUCUCCAGCUGUGCCCGGGGCGGAUUCCUCGUUCCUGAGAUUGAGUUUCUCACCACCACUCUCAGACUAGAUAUAUUGGAAGCCAACUUAUAUGCCAAAAAGGUGGCCGUAGGUUACGGCCUUGAUAUCCUUGACCUUCACUUUCACCUGCGUCACCAGCUGCAUCGUCGAGUUCAGGAUGGAGUUCACUGGGACACUGUGGCUCACCGGCAGAUCACGCACCUCAUCGUGGGACACAUCUGUCGUGCCUGGAAUCUCCCCACCCCGCGGUACAGGCCCAGCCCCUCUGUUGGCUAUGGCUGCCAGGCACAGCGUCGUGUCAGUGUCCAGCAUCAACAGCCACUGCUAAUGCAGCCACCUCGGUCCGUCCAGAUGGGCCCUGACAUGAGCAUGAACAUCAACUUUUUCAACAAUAGGUCAGGUGCCGCGAAUUUUGUGCCAAACAGAAUGCCAGUUGAGCACAGCAGAAUGCCAGUUGAACAGAACAGAAUGCGAGUUGAACACGACAGAAUGCCAGUCGAACAGAAGAGAAUGCCACUUGAACACAACAGAAUGCCAUCUGAACAGAACAGAAUGCGAGUUGAACACGACAGAAUGCCAGUCGAACAGAAGAGAAUGCCGCUUGAACACAACAGAAUGCCAUCUGAACAGAACAGAAUGCGAGGUGAACACAACAGAAUGCCAGUCGAACAGAAGAGAAUGCCACUUGAACACAACAGAAUGCCAGCUGAACAGAAGAGAAUGCCCCUUGAACACAACAGAAUGCCAGCUGAACAGAAGAGAGUGCCACUUGAACACAACAGAAUGCCAGCUGAACAGAACAGAAUGUAUCGGCGGGGCCCUAAUCCCAGUAGAGCAGAAACGUCGUGGAUGGCCAAUGCUGGCUAUGGUCAACAGUGGCAGCCCUACCAGCAGAGUGAGUGGUCUGGGCGUGCUCCUCUUAGCAACAGGGCUCGUUCACAUCCGUACAAGAGCAGACGAUUCUGAAGGCAACUGCUUUUCUCUAGGUGUAUGUUGGUGCCUUUGAUGACGUGUCUUUUUUUUUUUUUUCAUGUCUUUAUUUUUUUUUCUUUAGCAGUUUCAUACUGGUUUUGAUUUGAAACUUUUCUUUGUCACACUUUGGUUUUGAACAACUUCAUAAGUACUAUGUUUUUGUUUUUGUUUUAUAUCAUGUGUCGUAAAAGGCUUUGUGACUUUUGCCUUAUUUUAAAAUUCAGUAUUCAUUUAUUCAUGCAGUUUGGAGUGGUAACAGUAUGAAGUGGUCCGGUUAGAUUUUGUUCCAGUACUUGUAGUAUAAGGUAUUUUGUAUUAUGCUCUGUGACAGACAACGGUGAGCAGGUAAUUACCUUCAGGCAGUCUCUGUCAAUAUUUUGUGUUUAUGGCCUGUCUGAAAUCCAAAUGCAAAACUGGUAGCAAUACCAAAUGUUGGACUGUCUCACCCACUACUUAAUGCCCAUUUCCACAACCUUGAUUUUUUUCCUCGAACUUUCCUCUUUUAUUUUCAUGUGAAUUAAUGACAAAUAAAGGAUGUGUUGGAGAAAUCUAGAUCUGGAAAUAAGACACUAGUUUGUCUUAACUCUUACAAGUUGUAGACCUUUUCCUUAUUGUUUCACAGCAAGAUUUGUUGAUAAUCAGCACACAUUAGUACAGUGCAGCCUCUCUAUAACGACAUCGUCAGGACCAGAUAAAAAUGUCGUUAUAGAAAGUUGUCGUUACAGAGAGACAACCAAAAAUAUUACUAAUGAUAUAUAUGUAAGGACAAAAUCGGGACCUGGGCACCAUGUUGCUAUACAGAGGAUGUUGUAAUCGAAAGUCGUUAUAGAGAGGCUGCACUGUAUUUUCAUAUAUUUAAAACGAGCCAACCACUGUUGCGCAAAUUCAGCUUCGAGUCAGUAGAUGUGCCAACUUCUAAGAGUCAAUGAGUUGAAUUCUAGUGGACUUGUUUUUCUUUCUGUGAUUUGUCGAAGAACUGAACACUUCUCCUUCUUGAUGCCUGCCUGAUUCCCUGCAAAAACUUGUGGGUUAGUUGAUUGCCAAGAACUAAGUUUUUUUCAUUUGCUCUACAGCAUUAUUUACUACGUCACUGAACAUCGUUUUCCUUCAUGCAAACUUCAAUCAUUGUAUUAUUAUGAGAAAUGCUUUAGAUUGAGAUAUCAGUUGUCAGAUUCAGAGGUCGUAGAAACAUUUUAAAAAGAACUUAAAAAAUUACAAUGAGAGAGAUGUUCAGCAGAACUUGGUCUAGCCGCCACCUGUAUAUAAGACAAUCACCUGAACAAAUGGCCACUUCCUAUUUCUUCCCUUGGGUAUGUUUUGCAUGAAAAUGACUAUCUCUAAGAUGGACACUUGUCUAAGAUGGCCACUGUUCCCCUUGGCAAUGGCUGGUGUCUUACACAGUUUUGACUGUAGUAGAAAAAUGGAACUUAAUAUUAAAAAAAAAACCUGCUGGAUUUAAGUGUUUGGGGUGGGGUGUCAAUGGACUUUCACUCCUCUCCUGUUUUUAGAGUGUCAGGGUAUAGGUAGUGUAAAAGUUGAAUGCAGUGUAGGACGAAACUCAACUUUAACUCAAUGACUGUCAGGUAGGUGUAUGUGAGUUUCAACCAUUUUUUCACCUUUAAAUUGACCUUGACUCAAGCUGAGGAUUCUUAAUUUUUGUUUGUAGGUACCUUCAGGAAAAUAUUUAACUUGUAACUGGUGCAUUUUGUGAAAACAAUUUCACCUCUUGAAAUCAAAGCUUUAUUGUAUCAAAUCUUCUUCUCUGAAAAUAAAAUUAGUGAAGUGAAUACUAGUACAUGAAAUGAAAACCAUAAACAGUGACAGGUAGAAUUACUAUUUUAUUUGGAUUCCUAUUCAUUUGAGCAAAUGUUAAUCUAAAGAGUUAAAGAACUAGAGAUCAGAUAAGCUGACUUUCUUAGUUAUAUUUGUGCAUUUAGUUAUAUUAUGUAUAUUGCCAUUGCAGUAUUUGCUUUGAGAAUGCUAUUUAAAAACUUUACGAGUCAUAAAAAAAUCAUUAAAAAGUCUCAGAUUAUAUAUAUGCACUAGAGCUGGACACAUGCUCUUUUUAAAUAAAAUGCUAAAAUCAUACCAAGGUCAAUAAUUUACAUGAAGUGUGAGCCUUUGACAAAAUUUGACUGCCUGUUGGAUUUUGCCUUAGGCCCAAUGUCAGAGAUUUUUGACAACGUUGAGUGAAAGACACUCUUGGGUGCAAUGUUCAUGAUAAUCCCGACUGAGAGAUUGUGAGAAUGCAUUAUUUCGAUGAAAAGUGCACUGUGAACCAGUAAAUAUUGACACUCUCUUCUCUUGAGACUGCUGAAAAAAAAAUAAAGCUUGUUUAAAAUGAUUUUUUUGUUGUAUUCAAGAAAAUGUUUAGUAUAUUAUAUAUGAUGGCUGUAUUAGUUUUUAUGUUGUGAUGUGUCAAAAAUGAUUUCUAAUUUUCAGCCAAUUUCGCAAGAUUUCAAAUUUGGAAAAUGUCUUUACUUUCAAUGGUAAUCAUGAUAUCAUCACAGAAAGGUAAAUUUGGCAUCAAUGUUGAUGGUGUUAAGGGAGCUAGCUUCUGCUCAAGUAAACAUUUAAGUUUGGACUUCCUAUCAUGUUUCUAGAAUAAGUGAUUUCAGUAUGGCUCAUUGCAUUAAUUGGAAACUAAUUAUUUAUUUCCUGUUCUUAUUUUUUAUUAUACCGGUACCCCUUUUCAAUAUACUUAAGAAUGCAUACAGAUCAUUUUAACUCUUUUAGCCAUUCCUCUCUGAGUCCAAAGGGCCUAUGCACUUGAUCUUCUUUGGUUCAACUGCUAGAUUUACUCCACCAUACACCGACGUGUGAGCUGUCCACAGAAUGUUGAAGGUCUAUUGGGUAAAAGUCAUCGCACAACACCUUAUAUUUUUCCUUUGCCUUUCUUAAAUGAUGGUGUGUUUUGCCAGUGCAGUAUUAAUUUGAAUUACUUUGUAUGUGCCUUUUUUGUUUAUGUAUUUAUUUGUAAUGAAGGACUAUGUAAACAUAAUUUCUUAUACAGUCUACCCUGCCUUUAAAACGAUGGAAACCGGUCGUAACAGAACCCCCCCCCCCCCUUAAAUUCUUCUAUAAUACAUCUGUCCAAGAAGAUGGAAACCAGCUCAGCCUGGAAGUAGAAAGAGAAAUAAUAUUCCUCCCCCUCAGAGGGUUUUGACCUGUUGAAGACAGAAGAUGCUCUGCUAGCUCAGCCCUGAUUUUGAAACAAAACUUUUAAGUUUGGUUCUAUCAGCUCUAUCUAUCCUUUAUGCCACGCCACAAGGCUAGGAAGGAGGAAGGGGGUGCAGUUUGGGGGUAGCUGUUAAAUCUCACCACUGCAUGUGAAAGUGCUCCUGUGGCACCCCAGCAAGAAAACUUUCCUGGAUUGCUAAAAGUGGGAAAUUAAUUUGACUGCUGCCUUCCGCCCUGAUUUUAUGUCCAGGGGAGAAAAAAAGUUCCUUCAUUCAUUUGUAGAUGCAGAAAAGGAUGGCAUCGGUUGAUUAUGUUUUUUAUUACUUUGGUGGGUGAGGCUAAGGGGGGAAACAAAGAAAACACUCGGUUGUUUCCAUUUUUAAUUGGUCAAACAGUAGUCCUAUGAUGAGAUGCAAGCAAUUGACAAUGGAUAAGUAAGACUGACCUAUUCCAUUAUCUGAUAGGCUAGGAUAACACUAGGGAGGUGUAAAGUUUUGACCACUGCUUGCCAAUUGGACAGGACAGGCGACCCUUGAAACAACCCCUACCCACCCAUAAUUCCCCUGUUUUAGACGGAAAAUAUCUUGGACAUAUUUUUUUUUUCUGGCUCCCAUGUGAUUCUGUCGUGGGCAAGUAGGCUACAACUGUAUAAUUGAAUUAUCUGGGUAUUUUUAAAAAUUCAGGCCUUCUUUGUUAUGCACCCAUGUGAAUUUUCACAAAUAUGUCUUUCACUUUGUUUUCUUCAGGUACUUUUUACAUAUAUAAUUUGAUGACCUUUAAUGGAAAAAAUAAAAAUGACUGAACUGUCAGCAUGGA